UAAAAAAAAAAUCAUAAAUAGUCUUAAAUCAAAGCUAGAACACCCAUCAAGACUGGAGCGAUUUUCUGCUCUGUGGCGCAAUUAUAUUGUCGCUUUCUUUUUUGCUUUGUUCCUUCUACAUGAUGCAUAGAUCACCUGCUUCAGUUCUCCGUCACAUAUCACACAUACCAGCGGCGGUAUAGCUGACAAAUAUGAUAACAUUUUAACAACCUGAGUCAGUAGGGGGAGUGGUCCUGCAGGCGUGAGGUAGGCGUAGACUUCUACACAACAGCUGACACUCAAAAAACGGGAGGACAGCGUCGGUCUGAGGCUCAGAGGAGGCGCUCCGGUGAAGUUGUGCCCCGCGCAGCGCAAGUUUAUACGCGCUCGGAAAAUUCCCAGACGAUACAGAGGUGGAUCCUACAUAAUUGCUGGUGUGGAAGCGGCGGUGCUGUGAGCGGAGAGCCUCCAGCUGCAAGGCAUGAAAUCUUUGUCGAGUGGACGAUUGUAGUUAAAAAGUUGCUGCUGCUGGCAGAGAAGAGGCUGUUUUGGGGUUUUUUUUCUUCUUGCUUUUCAAUCAGACCGUUGUCCACAAGCAGCUGCUCUUUCAAUGUGGGAUACAGUUUUAGUGCUUUCGCCAGGCUGAAAUCCUCCAGGGUCAGGACCUCACUCAUGGCAGCUUUGCUCCUUGGGCUGCUGCUUUUUGCAAUGCAGUCCCCGCCAAUCCCCUCCAGGCCAGUGGCCGACGGCGACGGGGGGCCACCUUUACCUCCAACCUCAUCACCCGCUGACAACGGGACCACCAGCCAACCAAAUGGGACACUCCAGCAACUUCCUCAUAUUCUAAUUAUUGGCGUGAGGAAGGGAGGAACACGGGCGCUGAUUGAGAUGCUCAGCCUGCACAGCUCGGUGGCUGCAGCUCAGAACGAGGUGCACUUCUUUGAUUGGGAAAGUCACUUUCAGAGGGGCUUGCCUUGGUAUCUCAGCCAGAUGCCCUACGCUUUCCCCGACCAGCUGACGGUAGAGAAGACGCCGGCCUACUUCACCUCCAGCAAAGUCCCUAAACGCAUCCAUCAGAUGAACCCUGACAUCAAGCUGCUGCUUAUCCUCAGAGACCCCACAGAGCGGGUGCUCUCGGACUACACCCAGGUUUUUUACAACCGCCUCCAGAAACACAAGCGCUACCAGCCCAUCGAAUCUGUGCUGGUGAAGGACGGUGAGAUCAAUCUGGGAUACAAGGCUCUCAAUCGCAGCCUUUACUAUGUCCACAUGCAAAACUGGCUGCAAUACUUCCCACUGGAGAGCAUUCAUAUCGUGGAUGGGGAUGAAUUAAUCAGAGACCCCUUACCUGAGAUGAAAAAGGUGGAGAGGUUCUUAAAGCUGGAGCCUCAAAUAAACGCUUCAAAUUUUUACUUCAAUAAAACUAAAGGAUUCUACUGUUUGAGAGACCACGGGCGAGAGCGGUGUUUACAUGAUUCGAAAGGCAGGGCUCACCCUCACGUGGCUCCUGCCAUCCUGCAAAAACUCUACCAGUUCUUUCAUGAACCCAACAAGAAGUUCUUUGAGCUGGUGGGUCGAACAUUCAACUGGAAAUGAACGUCAGAGUGUCUGUAGCUGGUUGUAGAGUUUCUUGGGGAAAUGCGUGGUUUUUCCACACUAACAAUGUAGACAGAGAGUCAAAGCUAAUGUAAAAUUAAAGUAAAUCUAUUUUUGUACUAGUGUGUUUGCUACAGAAGUAUGAUCCAGCCAAAUAUCAGGGCAGACUGCAUUUGAAGACAUGCUUUUAGUGCAUGUCUUGUUUUUCUUUCCUAAACACACGUUCUCUGUGUUUCUGUGCUGUUACACACUCACUCUGCUGUUCAGCCCCUCUGAACAAAGACAACUUACUAUGACGUCGAUAAUGAUAUUCAGACUGUAGACUGUGAUAAUGUGUUGCAUCAAAAUUAGUACUGAGCAGUUUAAUAUUGUCAUACCCUCUUUUUCUCACUUCAUAUGACAUUAUUAAUGUUUAACUGCAUUUUUAGUGCUACGAAGGACCUUUAUCUGCUGCUAUUUUUUCCCUCCUUUUUCAGUCACUUUCAGGCAAACGCCACACUGAAUAUGUAUUUGUUCUCCUUGCUACUCACGUUUCCUCAUGUAAGAGUCAAAAAUAUGCUGUAUGCACAUCAUCUAUUGCUGAUUAUUACUGUAAUUAUUGUUUUUUUAAGUGAAGAAUUAAUACCAUAAUAAAGAUGUAUUUUAUUUUUA